AUGUAUGUAGUUGCAACCAACCUUCUGAAAGUUGGGCCAUUGCUGAAAGGUGAUUCCCUAACUGAACCGUGGGAUGACAAAGGUCGGAGUAUGAUCAGCAAAAUUAUCAUCACUUAUGAAAAAAACGACAUAACAUCUUUGCAAUUUGAGUACGUUGAGGAUGGCAAAUCAGUGUUAUCGGACUUGUACGGUGAACGUACCGGGAGCAACUUUAAAAUGAUGACAUUAGGCUUGGGUGAGUACAUCACGUGUUUGUCGGGGACCUAUGAAAGUGGUGCUGGUCAUGGAAUACAUAAUCAAGUGAUAUCGAUAACAAUCCAUACUAGUAACAAGAAAUACGGGCGAUUUGGUGGUGGUUAUAGUGUGAAGGUUCCCACACAUGAAUUUUCAUAUCAAUUCGGACCAAAAGAUCAAUUUGGUGGAUUUCAUGGUAGUUUUCGUGAUGGUAAGCUCGAAUCUAUUGGAGUUUAUGUUAAAUUUGAUUAA